AUGGGUGCCAACAUGAUCAAGCAAGCCUGUGGAUGUAUCGGACGUUUUUGCUUAUGCGGCCGACGUAGCAGCAGGGCUAAUGGCAGUCCCAUACCACUACAACCAACCACCUCAGCACAAGGAGACAACCCAGCACCAGUGGCCACCCCAGCACCAGUGGCCACCCCAGCACCAGUGGCCACCCCAGCACCAGUGGCCACCCCAGCACCAGGAGCCACCCCAGCACCAGGAGCCACCCCAGCACCAGGAGCCACCCCAGCACCAGGAGCCACCCCAGCACAAACUGCAGAACAAGCAGAAGAAGCAGCCGCCUUAGUCAAGUAUCACGCAGCUGGAAAGCGCUACCAGGCAUGCAUCGAGAAUGCCGCUGCUCCAGACUGCCCAGUACAACCUAUCAAACUGACAUGGAAGCAAGUUCAAGAUAGAUAUGCUGCGAGCUCUAAGCCAAUGACGGGUGGUUUCACAACGCCAUUUUUGGACGGCGGUGAUCCCGCCCCAGCAAAUAUCUCUACAAAAGCAACCGACUAUCAAUACAUGGACCUCGAACUACUGGAUACAAAUGUUGGUGAGUUCUUCUCACAGUACCAUUGCAAGGGUACCAUCAUUGUUGACUUUAUGAAUCGAGUGGACGGUCCUCAUUGGAACGAGAUCGCCACGGCUAUGUACGAAAACGACCUUAAGCAAAGCAUCACCACUCUUAAGAACAUUGUGUUUUCGAACGUCGUGAAUGACGAGACAUUGCCAUAUGUGAGUGAAAUACUUUACCCUAGGCUAGGUAUGAAGUGGUCAGAUGCGGACGGUAAGCCAUGCAAGAAGUUGGUAAGCGGUACUCGGGAAUACGAGGAACUUUUGGGAACAGCUUUGGGUAAGUCGGCUGCCGCUCUUGUGAUCACGGCAUUCCCAAGAGGAACGAAGAAGAUCAGCCAUAUUGUUACUUGGGUAGAAGCCGGGAAACUCCAAGUCCGGCUCGAGAUCGCAUAG